ACCCGGAAGUGAAACCGGGAGCUUCGGAAUGUAAACGCACGUGUAACUUUGAUGAACUUUGGUUACCCUCUAAAUUACCAGCAAAUCACUUGUGCAAUCAACAUAGUUUACACUGAAAGAAGCAGGCAAUGUCCAAAAAGGUCAUCGUCCUCCACGACAAUGACAAGUGGUACGCCCCCAUGCGGGAAGCCCUGGAAGCGCACCCCGACCUCUCCGUUGAGGAAUGGGUAGCGGACGAGGUGUCUGUAGACCUCAGCCAACCGCCACCACUGGCUGUCUUCUGCAACCGCACCAGCUCCGGUGCGCAUGUACACGGGCAUGCGCACUCUCCCGACCAAGCAGAGGUGAUCCUGGCCUGGGCAGAGGCGCAUGACCGCCCGGUCAUUAACCCCAAGAUUGCCGUGCAAGUGGGGUGCAGCAAAGCUUUGCAGUGUGUUCUUGCUAAGAAAUAUGGAAUCCCCAUGCCGAAGACGAUCUGCUCGGCGAACCCGACACCCGAACAGAUCCGAGCGGCGUUCGGCGAGGACUCGGCCUUCGUCGUCAAACCCGACCGAGGCGGAAGCGGAAAGGACGUUAUCAAAUUUGAGUCAGUCGCGGCGUUUUAUCAGGCCUACAGCUCAGGUGAAGCCUCGUGUCCGGCAGGUUUGUUAGGAGCCUCCCCUAACGGGCUGUACAUCGUGCAGGAGUUCCUGCCUCACACCGGCGGCAUCUACCGCGCUGAGUUCGUGGACAAACGACUUCUCUACGUCUUCCACAUCCAGGUGGGGUUGAAGCAUUAGAAAAAUGUACGCAAGAACCAUUUUUUUUUUCAAUUUCAUUUCAUAUAAGCUUUUAAGUUUGCUGAAGUACCUACCGAUUACUCUUAAGUAUCCUAGGGCAAGUCGUCCGCGUUUCGAAGAGAGAAAUAGCUAGCAUGCAUAAUACAAAAAAGUAUAGAUGGAUAGAUAGAUACAUACAUACAUACAUAAAUGUAGAUGUAGAUACAUAGAUGAGAUAGAGUCUCUACCAUCUGACUCCGAAGGGGAACAAUUUACCUUAGCAUGGACUGACUCCCCUGGCCAAUUUACAGAUUUUUUUUUCUAUUACCGAAUUCUAUGAUACACACAGAAAAGCCUGGUGGAGGCUAGACAAGAUACGUAGAAGUUUGCCAACUUGAGUGCGGCACCACUACGUCUGUCACGUCUUUAAACUUGAAUGAAAAAUAAUAAAGAUAAGUAGAGUGGUUUAAAGAGUGAAGUUACGUACGGCUUACCUUGCAGGUGUCUGACUCGCACGGGUUUAACCUGUGUCCCUGCGAACUCCAGCCUUCAGACUACUCCAUCAUCACGGACUUCCAGAACCCAAUCCUGGAGACGUUCCACAAGUUCCUUCAAGGAACCGGCAUCCACAACAGCGGGUUUGAGUUCAUCUUCGACCGCUCAGGCUCCCCGCAGGUGAUCGACAUCAACACCUUCUCUGCGUACAACAGGGACGCGGAGAUACAGGCCGGCGUGCAGGGAGGACACCAUGCUAUUGCCGAGGCCGUCCGCAAGAGGGCGCAAAUGAUUUGAGAUGAAAAGGAGCGCACACUUACAGGUCGUCGAUCGGUCGACGAGUCUGCGAGCACUAAAUGACAUAUUUUACUCUCCAAGCAAAGGUUAGUUAGCUGGCUGUUCUUUGACGUUUUUAAACGUUUUUAUCGGACUUUCCAUUUCAUACCAAUUUCUUUAUGUCUCGCGACCAAACAUAAAGACAUAAAGCGAAACAUCAAGGAAACGGUACAUAAUAGAAGGCCCGAUAUAAACGCUU